UCCACCGGCUUACCGUGAACGGACUUUAUGGAUAUAUCGUCGCAUAUUUGACGAGAAAUUAAGGGAUUUAAUACUAAACAAGAGGAUUUCUUAACCAAUUGAAUUUGGGCACUUUCCCCCCCAAACGCAGGGAACUGGAUUAAUCUUCUUCAUGCAACUUUUUUGGAAAGAAACCAAGAACAUCUCGCCGGGAACUAACACAAAGAUCCGUAACAGUGACAUCGCACUCUCUCCGGUAACUGCAGGUGUUGCGUUCACUUUCGGUCCCUCCGGGGAGAUGUACCAAGGGUUCCCCGGCGACCCCGACAGCGGAUCCCGUGGAAGCUCAUCUCCAUCCAUUGAGUCCCAGUACCUUUCCUCCGUGGACUCCUUCGGGAGCCCUCCGACCACCACUGCUCCACAGGAGUGUGCGGGAGCUGGCUUGAGCAUUGUGAGCAGUGGGCCUGGGAUCAGUGCCGGAGGGGAAAUGCCCGGUUCAUUUGUGCCCACCGUCACCGCCAUCACCACCAGUCAGGACCUGCAGUGGAUGGUCCAGCCAACUCUCAUCUCCUCCCAGGCCUCUGGACAGAGUGGGACCACUGGCACCUCAACCAUGACCCAGCCAGUGUCACUGGUUGACCCAUAUGACAUGCCAGGCCCCAGUUACUCUUCAGCAUCUGGAUUCACUCCUUCAAGUUCAGAAACUCCAGGGCUAGCACCGGGCCCCAUCCGGCAGCCCAGAACCCGCAGCCGCCGCACCCGAGACGAGUCUGUGAGUGAGGAUGGAGAUGUUGAUGUGUUACUCACACCGGAGGAAGAGGAGAAGAGGCGCGUCCGGCGAGAAAGAAACAAGCUGGCUGCCGCCAAGUGCAGGAACCGACGACGAGAGCUCACAGACAGACUGCAGUCGGAGACAGACAUACUGGAGGAGGAGAAGGCAGAGCUGGAGGCUGAGAUCUCUGAGCUGCAGAAGGAGAAGGAGCGCCUGGAGUUUGUCCUGGUGGCCCACCAGCCCAACUGUAAGAUCUCCUACCAGGAGCAGCCUCAGCAAAGCUCAGAGCAGCUCCCUCCACUCCAUCCCCAGACCUUACAGCCUCCUGUCUCCAUUGUGGGCUUGACUAUGAAGGAGGACACUUUCUAUCUGCCUCCUGCCUACUCAGCCCAUCAGGCCUCCACACAGUCCCAGCUUCCGGUUCAGCAGCCGCAGCCGCAGCAAGUCCAGCAGCAGCCUCAGCCAGGGAUAAUGCAGGAGGUAGAGUUUUCUAGUUCUUUCUAUGGCUCAAGUGAGCCGGCACCUGGUGGGCCGUGCCUCAUGGCCAGCGACAGUGGUGGUGGUGGUGGUAACCAUGACGAUGCGGCCAUUGGCAGCUACAACACCUCAUACACAUCUUCAUUUGUGUUCACCUACCCAGAGGGAGCCUGCGGGGUCAGUGCCAACCAGCGGAACAGCAGUAGCGAGCAGUCAUCUGAUUCCCUGAACUCACCUUCGCUGCUGGCGCUCUGACUGACCGACAAACACACGCGCACACAUAUCAACACACACACACAUUAUGCUCGCUGGAAGUAGAGGGUGAGGCAAGUACAUGCAUAGUAGCAAGCAGUUUCACAUAGUGGGAGAAAAAAAGAAACAAUCAUGUGUUUCUGAUUGGGUUAAAGUUUACACAUAUUGAAAUGCAUUCCAAUAAAGAGCCAUAUAAACAGAGAGUUGCACACAAAAUCAAUUAAAUCAAACCUUUAACAUUGAGCUUAAAAAAGAAAACAUUUGUUCUUUAUUAUAAGAAUUUUUGCAACUGGAUAAGAUGAGGGAAUAAACACACAUAGGCAAUCCAAGUUUCCAAUCUUAAGUGUUCUGAAUGAACAAAUUAAUUCACAAUGAAUUAUUUCAAUCUUCUUCAUGUACCGUACAUUGAGUGAGAUACCACAAUUUACACUCCAACAACAAGCACUGGUGCCCCCACUGUGUUCCCUCUGUCGGUUGCCCCUUUUCCAGUACUCUUGCUCUCAUCCUUUUCCAUCCUUUUCUCCCUUCUUGUUCUUGCUGAAUGUAUUUGUACAGAUCUGAAAUAGGGACAAAGGACACUUGGUUCAGGGUCUUUUCUUGUGAGAGACAGACUGCUGAUCUCUCGCUCACCUCUAACCCUUCAUCUGCUCGACUUCCCUCUGCUUCUUCAUUUUGCUGCUUGGACUUGGCACGUUGGAGAUCUGAAUAUCACAGGCUCCACUAAAUCUUGUGCUUUUUUCUCUCGUUUUUACAAUUCUUGUGCCGUCUGCCUACCUGCCAUGCGACCCAUCUCUAGCCAACUCUUGUUUCUCCUCUUCUGUCUCUGUGUUUCUCCCUCUCUCUGAAGUCUUCAACCCCUGAGAGCCCGAAGACCCCCGAGAGCCCUUGGGACCUUGAGUGAAUGCCAGCCCAACUAACACGCGCCCUUUGCACCUUCUCAUACAAGGACAUGGACGCAACCCCCACCCCCUCACACUCCCCCAAACAGAAGAACCUUUUUCUGGAGCACAUUGCCCAGAGCGGAUCCUUACAGUGAACAGCAGCUGAAUACUUUCACACACGCACAUAGACGCAUGGAAGAUGGAUGCCACUGUCUUCUGCUGAGCCAUUUAACAAUGUUCACACAAUGAAGAUUAAGACAGAUCUCAUGUUGUGAGGCUGGUUAAAAGUGAGGAUGAAGAGAGAGUUAGAGAGAGAGACGUGUGUCAUAGCAGCGCGCCGGCUCCGUGUUCUGCCAGCCUGUUUGCUCCAAAUCAAUCAGAUGUGAACCGAUGCCUUUUAUCUAGAGGAGGGACAGGUUUUUUUGUAGUGAUUCAGACAACCUCUAAACAUUGGGCUCAGUGGUCUCUGCACCUCCCCUGUUCUCUCAGCAGAGAUGAGGUGGGGGUGCGUUUAUUAUGAGUGUGUCCGCUCUGAGGCACCUGGCCCGUUUAUUUCUUUCUUUAUGGAGGUUGAUGCGGCGAGUGAGCACAAAGCAAGACCUGGAAACAAAAGGGGAGAACAUGCGGGCCGAUGUUGUUGAGUGAUCGUCCUUUCUUCGCCUGUGAAUUUGUACAAUUUGUUUUUCUUGUAUGUUUGAGUGAGAACUGUUAUAUAUUUUAAUGUUCAUGUUUGUUAGUGCGUUUGAUUGUUUUUGCAUUGACCUCUGCUUUCACUUGUACUGUUGCCAUUUCUUUUUUGUUUGUUUGUUUAUUUGUUUUUAAUCGGGAGGUUUACUCACAACUGUUACUAUUAUUGUUGCAUUGUAACUAUUGUUUCAUUAUUUUAUUGUAUUUUCAUUUGGCAACUUUUGGAGGCAUGUUGUGCACUACAAGGGUUUUUCUGUGUCAAAAAAAAUUCUAAUUCUAAAUCUAUAUGCAUAUACAUAUAUACAGGUAUAUAAGUGUAUGUGCCAUGAUUGUAAAGUAUGAAUGUCUGCAGAUCUUAAAUGGGAUAUUUUUGUCAAUGAAGAACAAGACAAGAUGUUUCUGAGGUUUAGUUUUAAAAGAAAUAUUUUUCUAAAGGAACAAAAAAAAAAAAAUUAUGCCCUGUCCCUUAACAUGAAGCACGAUGUCACUGCCUCUCUCAAUGUGUAUUUAUGUUUUAUAAACAGUAUAAAGCACUAUCCAAGACAAAGUAGAUGUAUGUUUAUAACUAUGAUGUUAGAAGGUUGUGGUUACACCUUUGUUUUGUUUGUUUGUUUUUCUCUGUGAGGUCUGUCCCAAAGCUACUGACACCUUAAUGCCACUUGAUCUCUUGCAGAAGCAAAAUGAGGAAAAAAAAGUAGUGUGAUUGAAUGUCAAUACACAUAUUAUAAGUGUUCAGAUGACAACAUAAUAACUAACCAGUUUCAUUUAAGGACAAAGUAUUUUAUAUUCAGUAUGCAUUUCUGCCCAGUGUAAACAUAUCACUCAAUAACAAUGUUAUUUCCUAACUGAAAUGUGUAUUUAAAGGAUAAUCACAGUUUUAUCCUUGAUAUUAACAUUAUCAUGCUAAAGUUUAUCCUUUCUUGUACUCAGAUAUGUUGUCUAAUUGAGGUUUAAAAAAAUAAUUGUGAUUGUAUUUGCUGGAUAAGAAGCUUUAUUUUCA